AUGAAGUCUGUGCACCAGGUCGGGCCCGUGUGUGCCCUGACCGUUUUCGUGGACAGGUACCUGUUUGCCGGCGAGGGCCCGAACUUGGCGGUGUACGAGAUAGCCACGGGCGAGCAGAUUGCGUGCCGGGCGGUCUUUUCCCGCAACAAGAUCCAUGGAAUCAGCGUUUCUGGCCCCGAUCUGCGCUCGGCGCGACUCUGCGUCUGGGGCGGCCGGUCGCUUGCGCUAUUUGCGUGGCCGCAGCUGUUCGAGGGGGAAAUCGACCAGCUCGCGGUUGGCGACUGGAUCAAGGACGCGCAGUUCUCGCUGGACGGCGCCGUCGUGUACUGUCUGCACGCGCACAACGUCGUGGUUGCCGUCGACGUGGCCGGGAAACGGCUCCUGGAGACGCGCAACUGCGGCGAGAAAAGCAUACUGUACUCGGGGCGUCUCCGAGUGCUGUCCGACAGGGUGCUGGUGUGCGCAGGGACCGUCAUGGACGGCAUUCUUGUGUGGAGCUACGACGACUGCGCCGUGGUGCACCGGCUGCACGGCCACACGGGCUCGAUAUUCGGGCUGUGCACGAGCGACGACGGACGCUGGCUGGUCAGCUGCUCGGACGACCGGUCGAUCAGGGUGUGGGAUUUGGGCUCGGGCGAGCAGGUGGCUACGGGCUGGGGCCACGGUUCCAGGAUUUGGUGGCUGCGAAUUUACGCCGAGACAGAGCGCGGGUUUAGUGUGCUGAGCGGCUCUGAGGACCUGACGUGCCGCACGUGGCGGUUUGAGCAGGGCCACUCGUCGCUGGAGCCGGUCGACGUGUUUGAGACACACACUGGCCGCAACGUCUGGAGUGGCGCAGUCUGCGACGCUCUGGGGCUGGGGUUCAGUGGCGGUGCAGACGGCGCGAUCACAGCGAGCGACCUGGCCGAGACGCAGCGCGAGGGGGCCGUGAGCGCGGCAUGGACGCUGGCGCAGAUCGCAGAGCAGGCAGGCGCGGCGUUUGCGCGCGACGAGAUCGUCAAGGAGUACUACGACACGGGCACUGAGCUGGUAGCUGCUACGAGCCGCGGGAAGGUGUUGCGGCUGCGGAACGGCUUGUGGGAGCUUGUUCUGGAGGAUGCGCGGUUCGAGAGGUUUUCGCUGGUGCGCGGCUUUGACACCGGCGUUGUGCUUAUUGCGAACAAGACGGGCGAUCUGCUGGUUUUGGGGAGCGGUGGCAUGGCAGAAGCGAAAAUAAAGUUUGAGCGCGGCGUGCUGGGCAACGUGCUGACAGCGACGAGAAACGGCCGGCAGUUUGCUCUGGCCGAGAGCGUGCUGGAAGAGCCGCUGGUGCUGCUGGAAAUCGCGGGAACGGCUGUUGUUUCGGAGCGCCGACUAAGCAAGCCGGCGGGGAAGUUUGCGAUGAGCGCGUUCGACGUGGACGUGGCGUCGGGCGCGGUGGUUGUGGGGUCGCGGUUCGCGACGUUGGCCGUUUUCCCGCGAGACGAGCGCUCGGCAGAGCCCCGUGUCUGGCGCAACUUCCUCAAAGGUGACACCGUCUCGAGCGUCGAGAUUCUGGAGUCGCCGUUGCUGCAGGCGCUCGUGGUGAUGAAGGACCGCGAGUACGGCGUGGUGCGGUGCGCGGGGCAGCUCGAACUGCUGCAGACAAACCGGCUCCAGCGCGGGUUCCUCGAAGGAGGCUAUUUCGAGCACGGCGACCUGGUGCUGUACGGGUUCCGCUCCGACACGUUUUUCGUGUGGAACGAGACGAAGCAGCUGGAGCUGCUGCGCGAGGCGUGCGGAGGGCCCCAUCGCCAGUGGAGUUUCCGCCACGGCGGCGGCGGUGGCCACCGGCUGUUCUACACGCGAAGCUCGAGCGUGCAUUUCCGGCAAACCGGCGCCCGCGUUGCGCCGGAAACUCUGCGCACCGGGUUGCACGGGCGCGAAAUCCGGUCCGUGGCCGCGUGCAAGACCAGCACGGGACAUCUGCUCGUGUCCGGCUCUGAGGACACCACGGUGCGGGUGUCGCGCCUCGCCGCCGACGGCGCCGUCGUCCCGCUCUGGUGCGAGCGCCAGCACGGCUCCGGGCUCCAGGCCGUCCACUUUGUCAACAGCGACUACUUUGUCAGCUCCUCGGCCCGCGAAGAGGUGUAUCUGUGGAAACUGAGCGACGAGAAGUACGUGCGGCUGCACCGCACGAUCCGGCCGCGCAGCAGCAACCCGGAGACCAGGGUCAUGGACUUCGACGCCGUCGAGGUGCGCCAGCACGGCCGCGUCGCCGGCUUUCUGCUGGCUGCCGUGUACUCGGACUCGAGCGUGCGGCUGUGGUACUACAGCUACGAGCUGAACACGUUCCGGCUGGUGGUGGAGGACGUCUACGCGAGCUGCUGCGUGCUGCGGGUGCGGAUGGUGGUGCUGGACGCGAUCUACGUGGUUUUGGCGGCCACCAACGGGCACCUAGCCGUGUACAGGGCGGGCGACGGCGGCGGCGUGCUGGGCGUCUGUGGCGGUGCUGUCGAGCUUGUGGCGGUGCCAGACCACGCAGAGAAUCCGCCGCGGCUGGAGCAGCUGCUGAUCAACCAGCAGAUCCACCAGUCGUCGGUCAAGGCGUUCGACCUGGCCGUCGACGGCCACACGGCGCUCGUCGUUACCGGCGGCGACGACAACGGCAUGGCGGUGUCGACGCUCGACUUUGCGGCCGUCGAGCUGGCCAGCACGUACGUCGCCGGCACCGCCUCGUCGACGAUCACGGACGUGGUGCUGUGCGGGCGCAGCCGCGUGCUGACCACGUCCGUGGACCAGGUGGUGCGCGUGUGGCGCGUGCCGCAGCUCGAGCUCGAGACAGAGCGGUACACCACGGUCGCCGACACGGGGUGUGCGUGCGUGGCUGGCGGGCUCGUCGUGGUCGGCGGAGCCGGGCUCGAGGUCUUCCAGAUAGACAUGUAG